UAGCUCUCUGCGCUUAAUCCGAAUCGCACUCGUUUCCCUCCGCUAAGAAGCAAUCAAAUCAAACACACUAUCCUUAACUACAAAACAUAUUAUUUUUUUUAUCCUAUAAUUAUUUGAUUUGAUAACAACAGUGUUUUAUCGUUUUAUAAUAGAUUAACAUUAAUCCAACUCCUCUCUCUCGUCAUCUAUCUCAAUUACAGCCAAUACGAUCCUUUUAAUUCUGGAUUGAAUCUUUCAAAAGAUUCAAUUACUGUGUCUUGAAAGCUAAAUUCGAGUCUUCAAUUCCAAUAAUUGGAGCUGCUUCCCGUUUGAAAUCCUAGGGCUUUCGUUUUCCACGGCUGUUUUUCUUUCAUUAUUAUUAUUUUUUUCAUUUUCCGGAAAAAUGGCCCAAUCGAUUGGGAGGAGUAGGGUGAUCGGGGACUACCUGGUGGGACGUCAAAUCGGCUCUGGUUCCUUCUCGGUAGUGUGGCACGCGAGGCACCGGGUCCAUGGAACCGAAGUGGCGAUUAAGGAGAUUGUCACGGGUCGGCUCAACAAGAAGCUGCAGGAGAGUCUCAUGUCUGAGAUUUUUAUCUUGAAGAGGAUUAACCAUCCUAAUAUUAUUCGCUUGCACGAUAUUAUAGAGGUUCCUGGAAAGAUACAUCUUGUGUUGGAGUACUGCAAAGGGGGCGAUCUUUCUAUGUACAUUCAGCGACAUGGAAGUGUUCCAGAAUCAAUUGCAAAUCACUUCAUGCAGCAGCUAGUGGCUGGUUUACAAGUGCUGCGUGACAAUAAUCUGAUACAUAGAGAUCUAAAGCCACAGAAUCUGCUCCUCUCCACAAAUGACAGCUGUGCAGUUCUGAAGAUUGCUGACUUUGGGUUUGCAAGGUCUCUGCAACCUAGAGGGCUGGCAGAAACCUUGUGUGGUUCGCCACUUUACAUGGCUCCCGAGAUAAUGCAACUUCAGAAAUAUGAUGCAAAGGCAGAUCUCUGGAGUGUCGGUGCCAUUUUAUUUCAACUGGUGACUGGAAAAACCCCUUUCACUGGAAACAAUCAAAUUCAGCUGCUCCAGAACAUUAUGAAAUCAACUGAGCUACAUUUUCCACCUGAUGUAAAGGCUUUGAGUCCUGAAUGCAAAAAUCUGUGUCAGAAGUUGUUGCGACGUAAUCCAGUGGAAAGAUUGACAUUUGAAGAGUUCUUUAACCAUCCAUUCUUUUCUCGUAGAACACUGGAUGAGCCAUUGAGGAAUAGGAGGGUUUCAAGAACAGGGGAUGAUUUUCCUUCAACCGAAUGUAGUCUUGUGAGGAACACGGAGGAAACUUCUCAGGAAGAUUGUCUGCCAUUCUUUUUGGAUGAUGAUUCUUGUGGACCUGACGGAAGCCCUUCAUUUUCCAAUAGAAGGUCCUCAGGGAAGUCUUUGCAUGGUUUUGCUGUUGAUGCAAGAGUUGAUAGAAGUGAAACCAUGUCUAGUGCCUUGAAGAAUGUUGAUAGAAGGGAAGCAGCAUCUAAUGCUCUUAAUAAUGUGGAUCUUCCAUCCAGAUACACUAGUUCUAAACAGAAAUCUGAAGCUACCAGUUUUCAGCUUGACAGCCGACUAACUUCAAAUGAACAUCUAACUACACCUCCAGAAACUAUGGAAGCAAGAUCAGUUAGCACUCGUUCAAGAGCUGGUGAUUCACUGGAGCUGAUAGAUCAAGAUUAUGUUAUGGUGUCUGGACCUCCCAUGGAUGUCUCAUCUUCUUUGACUAGUGCAUUGAAACCGAGCCGUAUUCCGUCCAAUACAGGGAGCCCCCCAAUGGAUGUGUCAUCUUCAUUGACAAGUGCAAUGAAACGGAGCUCUAUUCUGUUCAAUACAGGAAGCCCCCCCUUAGAAUAUGUAAGCAACAACAAUGCAUCAACUGCCCCGUUGCCUAUAGUUGGAGCCACACAAAAUAAUAUAUGUCCGAUUGGAAGCUUAGAAAGUCAAAGCUCCGCACCUGGGACUUCUCAAGGAUCUAUGGAUCUGGGAGAUGCUUUUGAGCAGCCAUCAACUCACUGCAUGACAAGGAUCAAGUCACUGCAGAAAUGUGCAGCUGCUAUCACAGAAUUAGCAAAUGAAAAGAUUGAGGCUGGCAGACAGUUAGAAGCUUUCUCAAUCCAGCUUGUGAUUCUUGCUAUUUGGAAGCAAGCGCUGCAUAUUUGUCACACACAGGCUGUCUCAGCUAUGGAAGUAAGUCCGAGCCCCGAGACUACUAGAUUGAGGAGAAACACCAGCCAGAAGCACGGUACUCAUGAUGCUGAAGAAUGCCUUGAUGUUGCCAACAAUGCUGAGCCAGAGGAUAUAUCAUCUCAUAUCGAAAGAGAAUUUCUCCGGGAAGUUGAGCAUGCUGAGGAACUUGCCAAGUUUAUUGAGCCUGGAAAUAUAGAGAUGCCCGAUGCAAUGGAAACUAUAUUUCAAGCUGCCCUUGCUCUUGGCAGAUAUGGGGGAGUGGAAGAGCUCAUGGGUGCAACAGACAAAGCGAGUUUAUUGUAUUCGAAAGCAUUGUGGUUGUUAGUCUUCCUUCUAGUGGAAGCACCAUCUCUUAUUCUCAAUCCUCCAUUUUCUCUCACAAACUCGGAUAGGUAUAGACUUCAAACUUAUAUAGAUAUCCUUAACAACAGGAAAAAUCAUCUGAGAUCUCAGAAGACGGCUGAUCUCAAUUGGAAGAAUCAGCCAUGAAGUAAGAAUUAGAAUUUUUUUUUUUUUUUUCUACUUGUUUGCUUGAUGAAGUUGCCCAGUUUCACUGUGUAAAAUUAUUCUUUGUACAGCAAUUCUUUGAGUGAGCGGGAAUUAGGAUGUUGGCAGGGGGUCAUCCUGCAUUGAAAUGUGGGGUGGGUGUUGUAAUGCUUCUCUCUCUGUAAUUUAAGGAAUGAUCAACCUUCUUCUGUUUGAUGAUUGAUCAUGAUGCCUUAUUUGAAUGUUGUUAUUUUUCCGACCGGGGAUUGGGCAGUAAUGUGCUCUCUUCUAUUUCUCUGAAGAUAUCUUUUUACUGCA